AUGUUUUCUUCUCAGACGCCCACAGGAAGAUCACAAUCGUUUGCACAGCUCCUGCCACGCCCAACAAGCCUUGAUACUCUGGAAGGGCUUCUUGAGAGGCGCUUCCUGAGCCACUUCUUCAAGUUCACACUCAACAGCAUCAGCUCAUCUUAUGAUACUGGAAACUUUUGGCUGUGGACACUUCCUAAUCUGAUACAGGAUCAACAACUGAUUCGCCAUUCCAUCACUGCGCUUGGCGCUGCGCACUGGAUGUUCCAAAGCGACGGCCUCAUUGCGCCAAAUCAGAUCACCCAGUACAACGCCUUCAUCCACAGGCAAUACACCAUGGCCAUCUCUCACCUGAUCCCCAUCAUGUCGAAUAAUGAAUCGGAAAACAUAGAAUUAGUCCUCGUCUCCUGCCUACUGUUCAUCUAUCUCGAGACUCUACAGGGUCAUCACUCGGAAGCCCUCCGGCACUUGAUCUCGGGUCAAAAGCUGCUGAAAAAUCUCAGCCAAAGAGGCUCCGUGUCGCCCGUGGAAGCGACGGGAGUGCUUCCCAAAAUCGCCACCUUGUUUCGAGCACUCGGAAGCAUUGUCAACGCGUUUGGCGAAAACAAGAUACUGUCAGAUCUCACAGUCUACGCCAAGCCAAUGCAUGGACCUGGCGAUCCCAGCCAGCCGUAUGACAGCUUAGUGAAAGCGAUGGACGACUUGACUUUGCUUGAAUUGGAAUUAUCAGAUAUCCAAUGUCCAGAGGAGGAAGACAUCAGCAGAGACCCCAAGUUGGAGGAGGAGAGAGACAGGCAGCAGAAAAUGUACGACGACGUGAUUCAACGAUUCCAAAUUUGGGACAAACGAUUUGCAGAGACAGAGAAAGUCAUGUCACCUUCUGACAACUAUGAUUUCUUCAAUUUAAAGGUGCAGCAGGCCAUGUGGCAGCUUGUGCUUGGAGAGGAGUUUGAUGAAGAUCCUGAGCUAACGCCGGAGGAGUGCUGGCCACUGCUGGAUAUGAUCGAGAAGAUGUUGAUAAUGACACCUUCGACACAACGAACUUUCGCCCUCAGGGGAGACCUCAUCCCACCGCUAAUAGGAAUUUACGGGGUAUGCAAGGAUUUUUCGGUGAGGAGAAGGGCGAUCACGCUGCUUCGGUUGCGCAGGCGGAAGGAGCUCGUAUGGGACGGUGAGGAAGCGGCUGAUUUCCUGGAGAACGAUUUGAAGAUGUGCAUGGGAGGGCUGAAGGCCCCUUCAUGGCCGGAUAUCGGGCCGCUGGCUAACAAAAACGCACUGCUGUGUUAUGAGGAAAGCAAUUGA